ACUCCUCAUUCCCUUGGGGAUCAUUAGAUUCGUUUGAUGAUCUCACAUCUCCUCCUCUGCUUUUCCUAACUGGACCAGACCAAAAAAGAAGAGUGACAGAGAGAAAUAAGAAGGCCAACCAAGUAUUUACCAUCACCAUCUUCUCAUUUGGUGCUCCCUAGAGCUGCUCUCUUGGGCUUGCUGAUAUUGGUGCACUGCUGGAGAGGCAUUGAAGGUGAACAAGGUGUUAGUUUCCCCUUCCUCUCUAUAUAUUUGUCCUCCUUUUUUGCCCCUCUUCUUCUCAUUGGAAGGUUUGAAGCAAUUAGGAGGGGCUUGGUGUACUGGGUUUUCCAUUUAUGUACCUUCUGAGUUACUGAUAGAGAUUGGUAUAGGAAUCGUUUUCUCCUGUACUACUGUGAAGGUUUUGAAGGAAGAGGCCUCAGUGUAAUGAGAUUUGGUUGUGUAUGAGUUGGAAGGAGCCCAAGGUUGUUAUUCUGUAAUGAAAUUUUAAUGCAGUGAGAGGUUUUGGUCCCAUGAAAGCUGGGCUGUGUGUUACUUAUAGGUAAUGAUUGGGUGGAUGGUUUUAUGAGGAAUUGUGGAAGGGUUACCACCUCAGGAUUGUAGGAGAUUCUUUAACUGCAAUUCUGGACCUUCUGCAAGCCUCUCACCGUAGGCUCUAAUCCUACAAUUUGGCUUUCAGAAAAUGCCAGCAAAAUUCCUUCAUACAUUUGCUGACGAAAACACGGAGGCGCAGAAGCAAAUUGGGUGCGUCGAUGGCGUCUUUCAGAUGUUGGACCGAUACCAUAUCUUCAAAGGAAGGCGCCUCAAUGGACACAACCAUAAGAGGUUUCCUUCAGGCCAUGCCCUUUCAAACAGCAGUAGUGUUGGAGCAGAUUGCGGUGCAUGCACUCCACAGAUUGUUCUGGAGAAAAAUCACAGCAAAAGCUCAAAUGAGAACCAAGGUGUUUCAAUGGAGUCAUCAGGAACUUCUUUUUCAUCCUCAUCCUGCUCAUCAUUUUCUUCUCUAGAGUGUAAUGGAUCAACUCGACAAAAGCCUUCCUCUAUGGAUCGAACUUUCUUAGAGAGAUCAAUAAGGAAUUCAGUCGGGUUGAAGAAUUCUAAUGUCACUAGCAGAGCUAUUUACUAUGAGUCUCUCAGUGACCCAUCAUAUGCAUCAGUUCAAUCUGGUCGCCAGUCCCUUGAUUUCCGAGAUGUUGUUAAGGACUCUAUCCACAGAGAAACUCGCAGUUUAUCAAUUAAAACAUCAACAAAGGAGGAGGUGAAGAACCGGAUGCUGAAGCAUAGGGACUCCCCAAGGCUCAUGCAGCUGUCCAAGUCUGCAGAUAGAUCUUACGUGAUUGGUGUAGAUGGAAAAUCCAGAUUGCCUGAUGAUCUCAGUGAAUCCCUUCGAGUACUAGUGAAGCUCAAAGAAGCACCUUGGUAUUGCUCAGAGGCUAGUGAACAACCAAGAUCAUCAUGCGAAGAAAAAGAUACUUAUUUUUUUCCAGUAUCGAGGGAAGCUCCACGGCUCUCUUAUGAUGGAAGAGAAAUUUCAUGCCCUUCUCUGGAUUCUCCAGAUGUCAGCAGACCUGUCUCAAGACUCAAAGAGCUUCCUAGGCUAUCCUUAGAUAGCAGGGAAGGCUCUCUAAGAAGUUCUAACUUUGACUUGAAACCAAACUCAAUUUUGAAGGAUUCGGACAGUAGUAGUAUCAACCAAGGAGUAUCCACACCUUCAAAUUUUCAGCAAGAAUGGGGAAGUCACAAGUGCCCUACCAGUGUCGUUGCAAAGCUCAUGGGCCUGGAACCGAUGCCCCACAUGGGCUUGGCUAGUCAGAAGCCAGUUAAUCUGACAGAAACUUAUACAAGCAAAACCAAUGAUCCUUUCAAUGGACAAAGAAAUAGGAAUCCCAUAGCUAAGGCAUCGCAAGCAACUCAAGAUAGCAGAAAGGAUCACCUCUUACACUCUCCAAAGAGCUCCCUUAAGGAUUCUGUUCCACGGUUGAAGAAGUCUGAUCCUGUCAAUAAUUCAAGGCUCUCGAUUGAAACUGCACCAUGGACACAGCAGGAAACAAUCCACAUUCCCCAGAAAACAAAACUUGGAUCCCAAGAAGCACAUCUGAAGCAGCAACCUGAGUCAGUUUACAGUGAAAUAGAGAAAAGGUUGAAGGAGCUUGAAUUCCACAAAUCCAAUAAGGACCUCAGGGAUCUUAAACAGAUAUUCGAUGCAAUGCAAGCAAAAGGGUUGUUAGAAACCAAGAAGGGUGAAGAUCAGCAUUCCAAAGUAUCAGUUUCUAAGAACUAUAGUGGCCAAUUUCCAGCUCGGAAUGAUCAUAAUUUCAAAUCAACCUGUAACCUACAUAGCACCCAGCCAUUCCCCACAUUAAUGGAAGGAAGCAAUACUCCAAGAGCUUACAAUUCUCCUAUUGUAAUCAUGAAGCCUGCAAAAUCUGUCAUUGGAUCAGGUGUUUCUGCUUCUUCAGCUAUUCCUUUGGAAGGCUUGUCAGGUCUUCAGAAACUGCAGACUAGUCAUUCCAUGUAUAGAAAGAUGACUUCCACAAACAACAGGAGAGUCAAAGACCAAACUCCUAAGGCCAGCCCCAGGGAGCCUACUUAUCAGCCGCUUCUCUCCAUGGAUAAGAAAUCUACUAAGAAGACUGAAGAAAUUAGUAUGCAGAAAACUCGUGUUCAGAUUGAGCAGUUAUCAUCUAGGCAUCAGCAUUCACCAAGGGAAAAUAAUGGCAGCUCAGUUAAGACUUCAGGUUCUCUUAGUCCAAGAAUACAGGAGAGAAAGAAUGAAACAGAAAAGAGAUCAUGUCCCCCCUUUCCUUCUUCUGAAUCAAAUAAGUCCCAAAGGAGUUCUGCCAAUAGACAAUCUCUGGAAUCAGUUUCUCCAAGAGGCAGACUUAGACAGAAACCAGCUCAGGCGCAGCAGAAGGAUGACCAGUUGAAUGAUACAAGCAGCGGAAAGAGAAGUCUGAGUCACCCAGGCGAUGAGAGAUCUCUAUGGUCAGAGAGUAAUAUAAGCUUGGCAUCACAAGUGGAUAUAGAAGUAACAAGUGCUGAUAGGUCUGCAGAGAUGAACCUUUCUUGCUUACAGCAGGGCAGCCGGAGUCCAUCAAGAAGGAAUGCCAUUAGUACAUCUUCAGUCAUAAAGCAGAAGAAGUCCUCGCAUAGUCUGAAUGAAGAUGUUGCAGCCAUGGAGGUUGCAACUGUUGCUCCUGAACAUCCAAGCCCAGUCUCUGUCCUAGAUGCUUCAUUUUACCAGGAUGGCAUGCCACCUUCUGCUGUCAGCAAAACUCCAAAUGCAUUCAAAGAGCACCGCCAGAAUCCGACGGCAUUGCCUGACAACUCAUCACCCAAGUUAAGCUCUAAAGUCAAUCACAAGAAGCUUGAGAACAUUAACCUGGUUCAAAAGCUCAGACAGCUUAGUUCGACUGAUGAUGAAGCUCCAGCCACAGAUCAUCGUGCAUCACUGUGUGAACAUCGGAGCCCAGACCAGAGAUUUGUGUCUGAGAUACUCCUGGCUUCAGGUCUUCUGAUGAAAGAUAUCAGCUGGGGACCUGCAGGCCCCAUGCCCAAUCAGCUUCACCCUUCAGGCCACCCAAUCAACCCUGAUUUGUUCCUUGUCCUCGAGCAAACAAAGUCAGGCUCAUUCACCAAACUUGAAAGCGUUCAUGAAAACAGUCUCAGGCCUAAGCCCGGGCCAGAGAAGCUUCAUCGGAAGCUCUUGUUUGAUGUGGUAAAUGAACUACUAAUUCAGAAGCUGGAGCUGACUAGUCCAGGCUCUCACCCUUACCUGAUGCUUCAAGCCAGGAAGCUUGCUGCCAGAUUUCAUGGUGGUCAGGACCUGCUAAGGGAAUUGUGCUCCAAGAUUGAGCAACUCAAAGCCGAGAGCUCAAUAAGUGACCGCUGUAACAAUGAUAGUAACUUGAUAUCUGGUGAAGAUGUGCUGCGGCAAUCAGAAGGAUGGAACGAAUUCAGUGCAGAAGUGCCAAAUGUUGUGUUGGAGAUUGAAAGAUCGAUCUUCAAGGACCUAAUUGAUGAGGUUGUCAGCGGGGAAGGUGCAUCCAGUUUGCAAACAGGCAAGCAGGCAGCAGAGGCAACCAUUUGCUAAGUAAAAGUAGUCUAAAUCUUCUGUUAUGAUUUUUUUUUUUUUUUAACCUGACUUCCUAUGGUAUAAUAAUUUGCAAAGGAAACAACUUUUCCUAUCCAUACAUUGUACAGCUUAUCUGCUGCAUAAUAUUUAAGCAUUACACUGAGGGCUGAUGGAAUCAAACCAUAAGAAUAUAAGAUCAUAACCCUUACAUAAAAAUGAGAUGAAAAUUUAUUGUCUGUGCUGUUGUCAGCUUCCCGUUUCACACUUACCUGGGACAGAAAGCACAUACAUGUACAUGAGCUGUAAUGAGGGUUCAAGUCAUCAGAUGAGAAUAAUUUAAUGCAAAAGGAGUACAACAUUUCAGUUGCUAUGGCUGCCUUAAUCAUUUGGGAUCUACUAUCCGAUCAUAUGGCUCAAGGCAGGCGAUCAGCUACCUGCCGCCAGCCUUGGACAGGAGGCUACCUGCAGCCUAUUUGUAACCUGAUCAAUCAUAUAUAAUGUAACUAGCUCCACAGCUUAUAAAAGGGAUCAUAUAUGACACCAUUAUUGAUACACAAAAUGAUCUCAAAUGUUCCACAGAUAUUAAAGGAAUUAAUAACCAUGAGGUGUCAUGCAGUCUUCCAUUGAACAACUAUAAAUUGAAUAAUAAAGGUGAAAGGCAUUUUUAAUAUAAUGUUCAUCAGCUGUAAUGCCACACCUCACCUAUCACCGUCAUCAAGAUCUAAGGUUCUGGCAGGUAGAAGAGCCUACAGGCUGCCAAAACAUUUACCAAUUCCAGAAAGAAAAGAUUCCCAAAUUAACUUGAUUUCACUGGUAUCUUGAAUAUUGAUACCACAGCCAGGAAGAGCUAGAAAAGCUGUGACAGCUGGAUGGAUGCUCAGAUACCACAGCAAUAAACUGAUCGUAGAUGUAAUAUAGCAUACAAUUGCAAGGAGAACCUGCAAUUGAGCAUACACAACCAACUGCAGAUAUACAACCAGGAAUAGAGAUAAAACCACUGUCACAUCCAGCAGAGCUCUUCCCAAUUGUCAUGCUUAUAUAAGCAAAAUAGUAUACAUUCUUAUCUUCAACAUGAGCAAGCAGAUGUAAUGAAUUUUUAUAAUCAUCCUUAGCACUGGUAAUUCAGGUUAGCAAUCUGAUGUACAUGUGACUAUAAAUAAUGGUGCAGAUAUGUUAACAAAUUGUGCCAAAAGCCUAGAACAUUGGAACAGGUCAUGAGGUGCAAUCCCCUCACAACAUCCUAAUGCCCCAUAGCCACCCACUGCACCGCUGAAUCAAUCAAGUCCAUAAAGCAAUAAUCAAAGAAUAUUUGAAUCAGGUUGCAGCCCAAAACCAUAAACUGAAUGAUUGAAAUGUAGUUGCUCUCAGUUCAACACACCAGAUGCAUAAUGAAUAGUUAUGAGCCAUGGGAAGAAAUUACUGCCCUGCCAGAGUGCCACACUCCUUCAUUUGACCUCGCCAAAUAAUGUCUGAGGCUAUAAUCCUUCAUCCUUAGAAACAGGUUUCUGUUAGCGUCCACCACAGAUCUCCUGGACUAUGAUCCUUCGUCCUUAGGAACAGGGGUUCUGUCGUCCUCCACCACAGGUCUCCAGGAGUACGAGGAACAGCUCUCUGCAAUCCAUCAUGGAACAAAUGGACCCACUUGCUGAGACCAUCCUCCCAACAUUUACGCUUAAGAUAUUCCCGCAAACACUACAGAUCAAGGCUCGCCAUCUCAGUACCGGACCCCAUACCGGAGCCACAUUAGCACUGUAUUGGUACAAUACAGUACAGGAUCUUUUUGGCAUAUCGAGUGUCGGUACGCCAUCCGUACCAGAUACCAGUACUGAACUGGUACAAUACGUACGUCCUGUACCACCUGAUUUAGGCCGGUACGACGAGCCGUGCUGCAGAUGCUGGUCCUGAAACUAGAUGGAAAAGGCCAAGGAUUGAUAUUAAACUAUGGCAAUGAGUUUGUAAGCCAACCACAAAUACAUGGUUAUGGUGGGGUAAAGUUGGUGGGUUUUUUUCAUAAUUGAGACACGUCUCCACUUGUUUCGCAUAGUUAAAAAUAUAAAUUUCAGCCCCCACAUAGCUGCUGUAUUAUGAUGGUUCUUAACAAAGGGUAAAGUUGUUUUGCUAAGGCAUUCAAGCCAAAGGAUCGGGUUAUGAGGUCAUUAACUUAAGUGCAAGCAUGGGCAGGUAAUUACUGAUCUGACUUUGCAAGAGAAGCUUCACUCGUAAUCUGAGUUUUUCACAAGUUGAGCAAUGUUUGUAUCAGAUAGAUGUGACCUGCAAAAGAUGACAGAGACAUUCUCAUUUCCAAAUAUGACUGGUGACUGGUUGAACCAAGUACUAGAAAAGUCACAUAUAAUGGUAUACUUUAGACAUUAAAUAUAUUCACUUUGUUGUGGCCCUAAGUUCUAUAGAUUUAUGAUUUUUAUUUAUACUAUAUUAGGAAAGAGGCUGCCAGAACAUAGAAGAUGCCACCAAAUGUGACUAUUUCGUGGUUUGUUGCCCCCUUAUCUUAGAGAUUAAACUAAACAAACUUAAAUAAACACUGUCAUGGCAGCAGCAACAGCACCAUCAACUCAGCACAUUACAAGUACCAUUCUGUAUCAUGUGAUCUACUUGACACAUGAAGCAGGAAGAAAUGCAGACUUAUCAACAUUUAAGUCACAAUACUUCCAUUCUUAUCUAAGCUAGACUUCAUUAUAUUAACAGAACAUUUUGAUGGAUCACUGAUUUCCACCAGAUCAUUUCAUUUCGCAGUAUGGAAUAAUAAGUUAAAGUGAGAUGACAUGUUCAACCAAGUUUCAAAUGCAUGAAACGAUAUUAUAUUCAAUAUUAAUUCCAUGAUAUCCAAUAAACGACCUCUAAAGUUUAACUUAGGUCCCAUUAAUAAGCGCCCCAAGGGCAUUCAUCGAGAGCAAUGUCCCAAUUACCCUAAGGACUCGUUUGGUUCACGGGAAGAAUUUUUUCUCGUUGAAAUAUUUUUUCUAGGAAGCUGAAUCCUGGAAACAAGAUGCCUGAAAAAAUGAUUUUGACAUGUUUGGUUGACCAUGGGAAAAUAGUUAUUCCAAAGUGGCUUAUGUUUGAUUGAGCAUCUACUUUCUUGAGAAAGUUGUGUGAAAUAUCUAUUAUACCCUUAAUAAAGGGAAAGACCUUAUUUAUGGAUUUUGAUGAUUUAAAGGUAGUUUUCAACAAAAAAAAAAAAA